AUGAGCACCAGUGAAGAUAGCAAUAUACAAUCUCAACUGAUAAUGAAAUCUGAUUUCCCAAUAAUCAUAUAUUCCAAUGAGCUGCUAAUGUAUUCACUGUAUAUUGCUGUGUCACUGACAUAUACUGGAACUGCAGAGGACCAUCAAGGACAGACCAGACGAGGAUGUUAUCUAAGUACCCCAGUGAGCUCCAUGGAAUACUCCAGAGAUGGGGACAUCGUUAUAGGAGGGAUACUUCAGAUAUUAUUAGUUGCUACAGGAGACACCAAUGAUUUUGUAGAAACUCCUUUUUCAGUGGCUUGUGGGGGGCCUACCUUCCAGAACCUGAAACACCUUCUGGCUUUUAUUUAUGCCAUAGAAGAAAUAAACAACAACACUGAUAUAUUACCCAACAUCACUCUAGGAUACCACAUCUAUGAUGUUUGUGCUAGUGAGGUUCUGGCAUUAAAGAGCGUGUUCCACCUAAUUUCUAAUGAAGAAAAUCCAUCUCCUAACUUUAUCUGUCACAAAAAACAGAACCUGAUUGCAUUUGUUGGGCAUUUGUUAUCAUCUACCACGUACACCAUAGCACAAAUAAGCCAGCUAUACAAAUAUCCUCAGAUAAAUUAUGGGGCUCUGGACUCUGUAUUUAACAACCACAUCUUGUACCCAUCUCUCUUUCGAACUGUUCCUACUGUGUAUUCUCAGUUUAAAAUGAUUGUGCAAUUACUGACCCACUUUAGAUGGGCUUGGGUGGGGAUUGUGGCAGCAAAUGAAGAAAGCUAUCUCCAAGCAAGUGAGGAAUUAAUAAAAGAAAUGAAAAGGGCUCAAAUCUGUGUAGAGUUCAAAGAAGUUAUAGCAAUUUCAACACAUGCACAUGCUACAACUAUCAUCAACACUUGGGAAGUGAUUAAACGUUCCUCAGCCAGAGUAAUCAUCCUGUAUUUGGAUGAAACCCAAUUUGUACCAUUUCUAAUGAAAGGACCUUAUAAACUCAUAUCAGAAAGAUUGUGGAUAGCAUCUGUGACCUUGAAUAUUAUUACAGAUUACAAAUUUAAGCAAGCUCUAUUUUCAUUUAAUGGUUCUCUGUUAAUAUCAAUUCCAGAAAGAGACAUCCCUGGUUUUAGUGAUUUUAUGACUCAGUAUAUUCUGACCAACAUUUUUAACAAUACAUUUAUACAAUUGUUUUGGGAGUUAAAUUUAGGAUGCUCUCAAGCACUACAUUUAAGGGACUAUAACUGCUCCAAAAAGAAGAUACUGAAAGAGUUUUUAUCACAAAACAUGCCAAGCAGUUACCGUAUAUCCUAUGCAAUCUACAUGGCAAUAUAUGCUUUGGCAUAUGCCAUGCACAAUAUGAAUUUAGCUACAGAACUGCUAAAGUCAGCCAACAAAGGAUUAAUUGGUACAACACCAUAUAAGCUAAAUCGUUAUCUGAAAGAUCUUCAUUUUGAAAAAGCAUCUGGAGAGGAUUUUGUCUUCAGUGCAGAUGGAAAUAUUCCAGAAAAAUUUGAUCUUCUUAACCUGGUUAUUUAUGCAAAUGGAACCAUGUGUCGAAACCAUGUGGGCAGAUUCUUGCCAGAGGUUCACCAAAUUGAUAUUAUUAGGGAAUCGAUCAAUUGGGGCCCUUAUUUUAAUCAGACUCCAACCUCAAUUUGUAGUAAGCCAUGUGCUUCUGGCCACAGAAGAACUCAUCAGAAUGGAAAACCACCUUGCUGCUUUGACUGUGUUCCAUGCUCUGAUGGGGAAUUACCCAAUUCAACAGAUUUGAAUAUCUGUGCCAAAUGCCCUGAAGAUCUAUGGCCUAACCCCAGCAGGGAUAAGUGCAUUCAAAGGAUAAUUGAUUUCCUAUCCUAUGAAGAUCUCUUAGGGUUAGCAUUGUCUUGUUGUGCGUCCAUCUGUAUUGUUAUUGUAAAAACUAUUUUGAUUACCUUUAUAAAACACAGAAACACUCCUAUUGCCAGAGCUAAUAAUCUUAAAAUCAGUUACAUGCUUCUUGUGUGUCUUAAAUUGUCCUUCAUUUGCACUUUCCUGUUUAUAGGAUGUCCUACACCGUGGAUUUGUCUUCUGAGACAAACUAUAUUUCUCUUUAUCUAUGCUGUUUCCAUUUCAUUAGUUUUGGCUAAAACUAUAACAGUAUUACUUGCUUUUAAAGCCACAAAACCCGGAAACAAGUUUCGAAAUUGGGGAGGUGCCAGCAUAUCUUUUGUACUAGUGUUUUUCUGCUCUUUUGGAGAAUUUUUAAUAUGUACUACAUGGUUAAUAUAUGCCCCGCCAUUUGUAGACACUGAAAGCAAAACUAUACCUGGAAUUAUAAUCCUACAGUGUAACGAGGGAUCAUUUACUUUUUUCUAUCUUGCAAUUUCUUACAUUGGCACUUUAGCGUUUUUUUGCUUUAUUGUGGCCUUUAUUGCACGAAAAUUACCAGACCAGUUCAAUGAGGCACAGCACAUCACCUUCAGCAUGCUGGUGUUCUGCAGUGUCUGGGCCUCCUUCAUUCCAACCUACCUCAGCACCAAAGGCAAACACAUGGUUGCAGUGGAAAUAUUUGCCAUCCUGGCUUCAAAUGCAGGUUUGCUGACUUGUAUAUUUGCGCCAAAAUGCUAUAUUAUCCUCCUGAAACCUCAUCGCAAUACCAAAGCACAGCUUUCUGUUAAAAUUAAAUUAAGCAAAGCUGCAAAAACACCCUAA